AUGGCAGGGACCGGCUUUGACCCAAGUGCAGCCAUCAAAAUUGACUCAAUUUGCAGCGAAAACUGGGGACGUCCCCUCAACGACUACACCCGAUUUCUCACGAGUCUGGAGAUCGCUUCUACCAAUGCAGACCUCUUUGUCCCAGAGACAGAAAUGAUCGGGGAGGUGAUGGUCCUGGCCCUGGGGAGGAAGAAGCAGAGGAUGCUCAUCGAACGCGUCCCUGCCCUGGGAGAAGGGGGACAGAGUGGGGGACAGCGGGGGCUGUCUCAGUGCAAGCAGUAUAUCAACGGUACCCAGUCCGGGGUGGAAACCUGUGAAGCUGGCUGGGACUACAAUGUCACAGAAGGAUUGAGGAUUAACAUUGUUACUGAGUGGGAUUUGGUGUGUGGUCAGUACUGGCUGGUCCCAGUCGAAGAGGUGUCCUUCAUCCUGGGCGUUCUGACAGGAUGCCUGGGACUGGGCUUUGCAGCUGACAGACUGGGCAGGUUGAAGACACUACUCACCUCUCUGACCCUCUCAGUGGUAUUUGGCGUGCUUGUGUGCGUCUCUACCGCUCCCCCAUUCUUUAUUGCCAUGCGUUUUUGCCUGGCUGCUGCUAGCGCCGGUGUCUACCUCACGCUUUACAUCACACGUCUUGAACUCUGUGACCCCUCACUACGUCUGUUAGUCACCAUGGUGGCAGGACUAACGACAGUUGCUGGGGAGCUGCUGUUGCUGGGUUUUGCUCUGGGUUGCCAGUCCUGGAGAGGUUUACUUGGAACUGGGGCUGCACCACUCUCUCUGUUCCUCACCUAUGGUAUUCCAGGAGUAUUUCCUGAGUCUCCUCGCUGGCUCCUCCUCUCUGAGAGAUCUGCUGAUCUGAAUUCCUUCAGUGAAAGAAGAGAUAGAGGGAGGGAUGACGAGAGCUUCACAGAGCUGGACUCCGAGCUAUCUCCCUCUACUCGCCCACAUCUGUCCUUCCCUGAGCUCGUACACAGCAGGAACAUCUGGAAAAACAUGUGUGUGCUCGGCUUCACCUCGUUCAUUUCCCAUGGCAUUAGUCACUGUUACAGCUCGUUCCGCGGUGAUGUCAGAGGCACUGCCCCCAGCUUCUAUUGGACCUAUCUACUCUCUGUCUGUGCGGGAGGAGGGGCCUGGCUGUUGUUAUGGGCAACCGUGAACAGGUGUGGUCGACGUGGUAUCCUGCUCCUCGCCAUGACGAUGACAGGGCUGGCAUCUCUGAUUCUCCUCGGACUGAUGGAGUAUCUAAGUGAGGCGGCCAUCACUGUGUUCUCAGUGAUGGGUCUCUUCUCCUCCCAGGCGGCUGCCUCUCUCUGUGUCCUCUUCACAGCAGAGAUCAUGCCCACCAUCAUCAGGGGCAUUGGCGUGGGCACGGUGUUGGCCCUGGGCUGUGUGGGUCGGCUCACCUCGCCGCUCAUGGACCUGCGCAACCACUACGGCUACUUCCUUCACCACGUGGUGUACUCCUCCCUGGCUCUGCUGGCCGUGCUCUCCAUCCUGCUGCUGCCCGAGAGCAAGAGGAAACCGCUGCCCCAGACGCUGGCCGACGGGGAGCAGUACCGGCGCCCCUCGCUGGGCCGGAGGAGGAGGGACAACGUGCCCCUGCUGGCCACCCCCAACCCAGAGACCUAGCAUGUCAUAACGCCAGCCCAGAGUGUCAGCAGGUCGCGGAGAGGAAGAUGGCGAGGGAGAAGAGGGUCAGCUGUCUGCUGAAGAUGGUUGUGCUGAGCCAAUGAAGGAGGGUGGUUGAAGGGACCCACACCUCCCCUCACCUUUCCCAUAAGGCCUGUGUGUCAGGAAAGGGAGCAGAUGCGUUCUGCCCGUGCUCCCGUCUGCCACCAUCAGAGAGGCCCUUUUGAUAGGUGUAUUAUCUGGCAGAGUAUGGCAUCACACACUGUUCACUGAGGUAGAGGCAUGUAUGCUAUGGAAACGGUCCUGUAAAUACCUACAACGUAGUUUCUUUAACUUUAUGAAUGCUAGGUUAUCUAUUUAUAAAAAAAAACAGAGGAGUUUUGUUUCUGGAAGUUUUUGGAAGGGUACUUUGUAUUGUCGAAAAGCAUCGUACUAAGACAAGAUGAGGGCAAUUUUGUCUACUGCUCUUAAAGACAUUGUGGGAAAUUAAAUUGAUUGAAGAUUCUUUAUGAGUAACGUUAUACUUGAGGGUAGUUUGGUGAAACUUUGAACUUGCAUUAAAUAAAUACUAAUAGGCUCCUUCCUCAAACCCAAGAGUCCUUACAAUCUGUUGAAUAACAAAAGAUGGAGAAAGUGACAUUUAAAUGUACUGUAGUUCCUCAGACUUGGUUGGAUGUGAUAAAACGAUAUGAAUUCAAUUUCCAGAUGUGACUUGGAGCCAG